CUGUCACUCGCCUCCCCUCUUGCUCCGCCCCCUCCCCUUUCCCUGCACGUGCGCGGGACUCCAACCGUAAACACACGCGCGCGCGGCGCUUCCUCCUCCCGCACGGAGGCUGCGUCUGACCUGAGCCUUUCCCCGGAACCCGGAAGUGAUGGCGAGGAGAGUUGUGAGAGUGGGCGGGGACGAGCUGUCGGUAAUAACUUCAACUAUUAUUGAAACUUUUUGGCUUCCAUAUGAAUUUCCUGUUUUUAAAGUGGCACAAGUGCAAUGAAGAAAAGGAGAAAGCUCACUGCAAAUUUAGGUGAUAAAAUACAUUCUGGUCGCCAGAGGGAAUCUCCUGGUAAGAUUCCUGUAAUAGAUUCUGUGCAGGAAGUUAUUGUCAGUUCUGCAGACAUAACUGCUACAGACCAGUUUGUGCGUUCCAACGAACUCUUUCCAUCUCUGAACCAAAAAAAGCUUUUAAGUUCCCUGCAAUAUAACAGAAAUCUGCUCAAAUACUUAAAUGAUGAUCGACAGAAGCAGCCAUCAUUUUGUGAUCUUGUCAUCAUUGUUGAUGGGAAAGAGUUCAGUGCCCACAAAGUAGUUGUUGCUGUUGGCAGUAGUUAUUUUCAUGCUUAUUUAAGCAAAAACCCAAGCACAAAUGUUGUUACUUUGGAUCAUGUAACUCAUUCAGUUUUCCGUCAUCUGCUUGAAUUUCUCUACACAUCAGAAUUUUUUGUUUAUAACAAUGAAAUUCCUCUAGUUCUAGAAGCAGCCAAGUUUUUAGAUAUUAUUGAUGCGGUAAAGCUGCUAAACAGUGAAAGUAUUUCCACUUCACAAUCUGAAGAAAAAACUGAAUGUCUGUCACAGGUAGAAAAGUUCAGUGAACUAGCUAAAGCACCAAGCAACCACCAAUGCACCUUGUGCAGUCGCAACUUCUGUUACAAGAAGGCCUUAGAAAAUCACUUGUCCAGAGCGCACCCAUCUUCUGUAUGUGGCAAUGAACAUCGGCUAAAAAUGGUGGAGAGAUCCGAUACUUCUACUAGGAGAUCAAUGCGAAACCGCAAAUGUCCAGCCAAGUUUGAUCAGAGUGACAAUGAAAGUGCAUCUGAGAGCAAUAAAGUCCCUCCUGUCAAGGAAAACAGUGAGUUGAACAAUGACUCUGAAAGUAGUGGAAGUGAAUAUAAUACGGAUGAAGACAGGCAAGAAGAUGACACUUCAGGUGGCGAUACCAGGUCUGAAGAGCAAAGUGAAAAAGAACCUGAUGAUAGCCAGGAAUCAGGUGGUCUGGCAGGAAAUAUUUCUGAAGGCAGUCUCUCCACAUAUAUUCCAGUCAUCGUUCGAAACCGCAGCAAAAAACGUUUGCAAUGUCCAAAGUGUGAUAAAACAUUUGAUCGAGCAGGAAAAUUUGAGAGCCAUGCUCGGGUGCACACUGGUGAGAAGCCUUUUGAGUGUGAUAUUUGUCAUCAGCGCUAUUCAACCAAAUCUAACUUAACUGUACACAGAAAGAAACACAACAGUGAAAUGGAAUUUCAUAAAAAGGAGCACAAAUGUUCAUACUGUAGCAAAUUGCAUGCCACCAAAAAGACUCUGAUAAAGCAUAUAAAGAGAUUUCAUCCUGAAAAUAUCCAAGAGUAUCUCUCCAUCAAGAAGAAAAAAAGUGAGGGCUGGAAAUGUGAUAUUUGCAAUAAAUCUUUCACAAGAAGGCCUCAUCUGGAAGAACACAUGAUUCUUCACACUCAGGAUAAACCUUUCAAGUGUAUCUAUUGUGAAGAGCACUUUAAAUCCCGCUUUGCCAGGCUGAAGCAUCAAGAAAAGUUCCAUCUAGGACCUUUCCCAUGUGAUAUUUGUGGUCGCCAGUUUAAUGACACUGGAAACCUGAAGCGUCAUAUUGAAUGUACUCAUGGAGGAAAGAGAAAAUGGACAUGCUUUAUUUGCGGAAAAUCAGUUAGAGAAAGAACAACUUUGAAAGAGCACUUAAGAAUCCAUAGUGGAGAGAAGCCUCAUCUGUGCAGUAUUUGUGGACAGAGUUUUCGUCAUGGAAGUUCAUAUAGGCUUCAUCUAAGAGUCCACCAUGAUGACAAGAGGUAUGAAUGUGGAGAAUGUGGAAAGACAUUUAUUCGCCAUGACCAUCUAACAAAACACAAGAAGAUACAUUCAGGUGAAAAGGCCCAUCAGUGCGAGGAGUGUGGAAAAUGUUUUGGCCGAAGAGACCACCUCACUGUCCAUUAUAAAAGUGUUCAUCUGGGAGAGAAAGUGUGGCAAAAAUACAAAGCAACCUUUCAUCAGUGUGAAGUCUGUAAGAAAGUUUUUAAGGGAAAAUCAAGUCUGGAAAUGCAUUUUAGGACACAUUCAGGUGAGAAGCCAUACAAAUGUCAAAUUUGUAACCAGACCUUCAGAAUUAAGAAGACAUUAACCAAACACAUGGUUAUUCAUUCAGAUGCUCGCCCUUUUAACUGUCAGUUCUGUAAUGCGACAUUUAAACGGAAAGACAAAUUAAAAUACCAUACUGACCAUGUUCAUGGAGGAAAGUCUGCAGAAGGAUCUGUAAGCCCAGAGUUGGAGGAAAAAAUUACUUCUUUGCCAAGCCAGUAUACACCUGAUGAUAAGGGUUUUCAAGGUGAUUCUAAACCAUUCAUGGAACAGAGUAAGGUGUACCAAGGAGAAACCAAAACAAUGCUGCAGAAUGUAUCCCCAGACGUAUGUGUGCCAGUAACACUGAUACCUGUUAGAAUGCGUGAAACUCAAUCUGAGCUGAUACAACAUCCCACUCCAGUUACAUCCUCACCUCACAGCAACAUCCUUCCUCCACAGCCACCUCCAACAGAUUACCAGCAAACAACAGAUCUGGCAUUUUUAGAAAAAUAUACUCUUACUCCACAGCCUGCAAAUAUAGUUCAUCCAGUCAGACCUGAACAGAUACUGGAUCCUAGAGAGCAGUCUUAUCUCGGUACUUUACUGGGUCUUGAUACAGCCUCUUCUGUGCAGAAUAUUUCAAAUAAUGACCAUUCAUGAUCAUGUUUAAUAGAAUGGGACAUUCUAUUUAGCUAUUAAGAUGUCAGAAGGCUAACAUAAUUGUUAGUAUUUUCUUUGGCUUCUUCAGUCUGAAAACUGCUGAACAAAAAGAAAGACAGGUGUUGUGUUUUUAAAGCAGCAGCUUAGCAUUCAAAGUAUAUUCAUCAUGUGUUUUUAAAAAUUAUAUAGAUUUUUUAAAGAGUUUUGAAAGGUACUAGGGCCAAGGUAUCUUAAAGACAUAUCUGAUUAAGUGUGGAGCACAGUUCACCUUUGUGUGUUUAACUUUGUCUGUUUCUUUUCAUAUGUGAAAAUAUUUUGGAAAAGUUUACAGUAAAAAACACACACACAUGUCUGCUCAUUAGAGAUUAGCUGUGUCCCAAAUAAAUAUCACACUAAUUUAUAAAACCAUACACAUUUUACCAAAAGAAAAAAAACCUAUGAAUCAAAAUUUGAGGUAGUACGUAAAGGCCACAGUAAUGUAAAUGGAAUUCCAUCACCUACAUCAGUAGGAGAAGGAAAGAAUACAAGUGUGCCAACGUAUUAAGAUACUUACCAGAAAUCCACAGGCAAGUAUGUGACUGUAUAAGCUCCAGAAGCCUCCUUAUUUGCCCAGGCUCACAUUUAUUGUGAGCUUGAUCAUUUGGAAGAAAAUCUGCUGGAGAUAAGGAAGGCUUACAUGAUUUCUAUUGAGCGCUAGACAUUAUAUUAGCCAUCACUUAUACACAUAGCUUGUUUUCUUGUUUGUUGUAAUCUAGACUGGUUUUUUUUUGGGGGGGGUGUCUCUGAAACACUUGAGAAUCUUGUACUGAAGUUCAUUAUAUUUGUCAGUCUCUUGUCAUACCUAGAAUAUGCAUAAAAGCAAAUUCAGAAUUUAAACAUUAAUUUUACCUACAUGUAGUUUAUGGGAUAUAAAGUACGUAUGAUCUGAUAUUCAACCAGGAUAAAUCUAUAGUAAAAUUUGCUCAAUGUUUGUCAGCUAAACUGAUGAAUAAGAGUUGGUUAAAUAGCCAUAUAGGCUUUCAGACAUAAAUUCAAGGGUUUACAGUACUAGAGCCAAGAGUACAUAGUCUUUGCCACAAGCACUGACCAAUAUUACAUAUCCUGUUCCCAUAGAAUAAAUUUGAUUUAAAGGUUCUGACAAUGUGUACCUCUACAGUGUUGUAGAGGGCAAUAUACAGCCCCCUCAGGUUUCUGUGGAGAUCCUCCUAGGCCUCUUCAAGCCUGAAAAAAAAAAUUAAACAUUUUUUGUUGCAAAAAGA